AAACAUGCCGAUAAUAUCCAAUGAUUAGGAAACAAAAUGAUAUCCUUUUUUACCUUGUUUGUUUGUUGAAUUGAAUUGAAUUUAAUAUUGGUGAGGAAGGUUUUCAGAUCUGGUGGAAUGAACAGGAAAUCAAAGUGUGUUAAUGUUAGGCAUGAAGUCUACUACUAGUAUCUAGUUCACAUUGCACGUCAACACCAUUUUUAAGAAACCCUAAACCUUUGUUUAUCGAACCACUGUAUGUGAGAUCUGGAUCUGGAUCUAGAUACAUCCACCUUCAUCUCUCCGAUCUCCGUCCAUAAUAAUAACACACCGAAAUCUGUGUUGUUCGUAUGAUGGAGAACAUUCAUCAAUGGCUGGUGGUAGCAUUGUUCGUCAUUUGCAGCCUAAUCACGACUGUCAAAUCAGAUGUUUCAAAUCACAAAUACAAAAGCGGUGAUGCUGUUCCUCUUUAUGCCAACAAGGUUGGCCCCUUCCAAAACCCUAGUGAAACAUACCGCUACUUUGAUCUACCAUUCUGCCUGCCAGAUGAUUUGAAAGAGAAAAAGGAAGCGCUUGGAGAAGUGUUGAACGGAGACCGUUUGGUUAGUGCUCCAUACAAGCUUGAUUUCUUGGUUGAUAAAGAUUCAGAGUCGAUUUGCUCUAAGAAACUUUCAAAGCAAGAUGUUGGAAAGUUCCGGAAAGCCAUUUCAAAGGACUACUACUUUCAAAUGUACUUUGAUGACCUGCCUCUAUGGGGUUUCAUAGGGAAAUACGAUACAAAAGAACAAAAAUACUACCUUUUUAAGCAUCUGCAGUUUGAGGUACUUUACAACAAGAAUCAUGUUAUUGAGGUUAAUGUUCAAACGGAUCCUACUGCUCUUGUCGAUAUCACUCAAGACAAGGAAGUCAACGUUGACUUUAUGUACACAGUUAGAUGGAAGGAAACCAACAUUCCGUUUAAAAAGAGGAUGGACAAGUACUCACAAAAUUCUUCACUUCCACAUCACUUGGAAAUACAUUGGUUCUCAAUUAUUAAUUCUUGCGUCACCGUGCUUCUUUUAACUGGUUUCCUUGCCACGAUUCUCAUGCGUGUUCUCAAAAAUGAUUUCGUCAAAUAUGCUCAUGAUGAGGAAACAGCUGAGGAUCAAGAAGAAACUGGAUGGAAAUACAUACAUGGUGAUGUCUUCAGAUAUCCACAACAUAAAUCUUUAUUUGCUGCUGCCCUUGGUUCUGGGACCCAGUUAUUUGCCCUUACAAUCUUUAUCUUCAUACUUGCAUUAGUUGGUGUCUUUUAUCCAUAUAACCGAGGAGCUUUGUUCACUGCAUUGGUUGUAAUAUACGCACUAACAUCCGGAAUUGCUGGCUAUACUGCAUCCUCUUUCUAUUGCCAACUCGAAGGAACCAAUUGGGUGAGGAAUUUGAUAUUGACUGGAGGCCUGUUUUGCGGACCCCUUUUCAUAACGUUUUGCUUUUUGAACACGGUUGCAAUUAGUUACAGUGCGACUGCAGCAUUGCCGUUUGGAACAAUAGUGAUAAUAGGUCUGAUAUGGGGAUUGGUGACAUCUCCAUUGCUUGUUUUAGGUGGGAUUGCAGGAAAGAAUAGCAAAGCCGAGUUCCAAGCCCCAUGUCGGACCACCAAAUAUCCACGAGAGAUUCCACCGUUGCCUUGGUACCGUGGGACCCUCCCUCAGAUGGCAAUGGCGGGUUUUCUUCCGUUCAGUGCUAUCUACAUUGAGCUUUACUACAUAUUUGCCAGUGUUUGGGGUCACAGAAUCUAUACCAUAUACAGCAUCUUGUUCAUUGUCUUCAUCAUUCUGGUCAUUGUCACUGCCUUUAUUACCAUAGCUUUGACAUACUUCCAACUAGCUGCUGAAGAUCAUGAAUGGUGGUGGAGAUCUUUCCUAUGUGGUGGUUCAACUGGGCUGUUUAUCUACGGAUAUUGCUUGUAUUACUACUAUGGGCGUUCCGAUAUGACAGGUUUCAUGCAGACCUCAUUCUUCUUUGGUUACAUGGCAUGCAUUUGCUAUGCUUUCUUUCUCAUGCUCGGUACUAUUGGUUUCCGUGCUGCGCUCUUCUUUGUUCGACAUAUAUACCGUUCUAUCAAGUGUGAGUAAACACAACAUGCCCUUACAGUUUGUACUAGGAGAGGGAACUUCAUUUUUCCUUAUUACAAAAAAGUUAUAUCUAUCAUAUAUUAUUAUUAUUAGACAAUUAUUUUGCAACAAUUUGCCCUUCCUAUGUUGUGAUUGAGUUGAGCCAUUCCUUUUA